CUCAGAAGUGGGAGCCGGGUGGGGGAGGAAGAAGGUCCGGUCAGCCUCCGUCCUUUACCCUAUCUCUCCCUGUCUAACUUGCCCCCACCUCCCCUACCCCCUCCCCUCCAUCCCCAGCGCGCCGCUGCCCCUCCGGAGCUGCGCUCGGGAAUGACAAUUGGAGCGCGGCUCCUUUAAGAGCCCGGCUUUGCCUCCCGGUAGCUGAAGGUCAUUAAACACAAAAGCUCUCAGCGCUGCGGUCCAAUAUAGCGCAUGCGCCCUGCCCGAGGACUGGCAGAGAGACGGCAAUAUGGCGAGAAUGCCUGGCAGCGGGGACUGUAACACCAGCGCGGGCGGCAGCGCCAGCGCCGCUGCCGCCGCCGCCGCCGCCGAGAACAAUGGGGAGCGGGGCGAGGGCGAGCGCAGCGCGGGGGGCCGCGGCCGCCGCCACAGCCGCCCGCACUACUGCAGCGCGGGCGAGGAGGAGGAGGAAGAGGAGGAGGAGGACGAGAUCCAGGAGGUGCAGAUAACGGGGGACGAGGAGGAGGAGGAGGACGGAGGUGGGGGGCUGGAGGAGGACGAGGAGGAGGAAGAAGAGGAGGAGGAGAUGGGGCUGGACUGGGACGAGCCCCUGGAGCCCGAGGACUCGGCCGGGGAGGAGCUGGAGCCCGAGCCGGUCCAUAUGAUCAAUAUGGACCAGAGCGCCGCGCUGGAACCCGAGGCGCCGCCGCGACUGCUGGCGCCCCGGGCCCGCGGCGGGCCGCCCGGGGACGGCGCGGAGCUGGACCCCGACGUGCUGCAGCGCCCCGAGCGGGCCCGGCUGAGCGAGAACACCCGGCUGGCCACCCGCUACGCCGUGCGCAUCUUCCGGGAGUACCUGAGCGAGAAGGCGCAGAGCCCGGACUUCGAGACCAUGGACAAGGGGGCGCUGUGCCGCGUGCUGCGCUCCUUCUACGCCGAGGCCCGCUCCAAGAGCGGCCAGCUCUACAGCAAGUCGUCGCUCAUCAGCAUCCGCAGCUCCCUCAACCGCUACCUCAACGAGCCCCCGUACUGCCGCACGCUCGACCUCACCAAGGAUCCCGAGCUGCGCAGCGCCAACCUGACUCUGGCCGCGGUCAUCCGCAAGCUCGAGGAGCAGGGCGCCGGGCCGGUGGUGCAGAAGCAAGCCAUCACGCGCGCCGACCUGCGCAAGCUGUACACCUCCAGCGUCUUCAGCACCAACACGCCCUUCGGGCUGCUCAACAAGGUCUGGUUCGAGACGUGCAUGUACUUCUGUACCCGCGGCCGCGAGAACCAGCGCGAGCUGGAGGAGGACUCUUUCGGGCUGGCCAUGGACGAGGACGGUCGCAAGUUCGUCUACUUCAAGUCCCUCGGGCCCUACCACAAGUCGCGCUCGUCGUCGUGGAGCAAGAAGCGCGCCGAGAGCAGCGACGAAGAGAACUUGCCCCGCAUGUAUGAGACGGGCACCGAGUUCUGCCCCUACGCCAGCUUCGUCAAGUACCUGUCGAAACGCAACCCUCUCUGCAAGGCGUUCUUCCAACGGCCCCGGGACCACUGCAGCGAGGGCGAUGUGACCUGGUACGAGAACAAAGCCAUCGGCAAGAACUUGCUAGGUACUAGGAUGCAGAUGCUCUCCAAGGCGGCCAAGCUCUCUAAGACCUACACCAACCACUGCAUCGGCGCCGUCUCCAUCGCCACACUCAACAGCAUCGCGGGCAUCGGCACCAAGCUGGGCUCGCCCGCCCCGCAGGGCUGCUACGCCGAGGCUCUGAACGGGGCGGCACGCCACCACUCCCACCACCCCCCCACCCAUCCCUCCCACCACCACCGCCCCCAGCCGCCCUCGCUGGGGAACACUUACAUCCUCCCCAAAGACAGCCAGGUCGGGCCCGACGUGAAAUCCGAGGCUGCGCCCAAGCGCGCCCUGUACGAGUCGGUGUUCGGGUCGGGGGAAAUCUGCGGCCCCUCUUCCCCCAAAAGACUUUGUAUCCGCCCCUCGGAGCCUGUGGAUGCGGUGGUGGUGGUUUCCGUGAAACACGACCCCCUGCCUCUUCUUCCAGAAGCCAAUGGGCACAGAAGCACCAAUUCUCCCACAGUAGUUUCACCUGCUAUUGUUUCCCCCACCCAGGACAGUCGGCCCAAUAUGUCAAGACCUCUCAUCACUAGAUCCCCUGCAUCUCCACUGAACAACCAAGGCAUCCCUACUCCAGCACAACUCACAAAAUCCAAUGCACCUGUCCACAUUGAUGUGGGCGGCCACAUGUACACCAGCAGCCUGGCCACCCUCACCAAAUACCCUGAAUCCAGAAUCGGAAGACUUUUUGACGGUACGGAGCCCAUUGUUUUGGACAGUCUCAAACAGCACUAUUUCAUUGACAGAGAUGGACAGAUGUUCAGAUAUAUCUUGAAUUUUCUACGAACAUCCAAACUCCUCAUUCCUGAUGAUUUCAAGGACUACACUUUGUUAUAUGAAGAGGCAAAAUAUUUUCAGCUUCAGCCCAUGUUGUUGGAGAUGGAAAGAUGGAAGCAGGACAGAGAAACUGGUCGCUUUUCAAGGCCCUGUGAAUGCCUUGUCGUGCGUGUGGCCCCAGACCUUGGAGAAAGGAUCACGCUAAGCGGUGACAAAUCCUUGAUAGAAGAAGUAUUUCCAGAGAUCGGCGAUGUGAUGUGUAACUCUGUCAAUGCAGGCUGGAAUCACGACUCGACGCACGUCAUCAGGUUUCCACUAAAUGGCUACUGUCACCUCAACUCAGUCCAGGUCCUCGAGAGGCUGCAGCAAAGAGGAUUUGAAAUCGUGGGCUCCUGUGGGGGUGGUGUGGACUCAUCCCAGUUCAGCGAAUACGUCCUUCGGCGGGAACUGAGGCGGACGCCCCGUGUACCCUCCGUCAUCCGGAUAAAACAAGAGCCUCUGGACUAAAUGGACUUAUUUCUUAUGCAAAAGGGAAAACACACACAACCGAUAACGCAAAACAAAAACAAAGGGACAUAUAUGUGCAGUUGGGACAGCAAACCGAGUCCUGGACCUAAAAUUGAAUAAAAGACACAUUUAUAUCCAAUAGAGACCACACCUGUAUUCAUAUGGGAACAAUUGGAAUAGUGAUAUCCUCAAGGUGUAAAAAAUAUAUAAAUAUAUAAAUAUAUAUAUAUAUGUCAAAAGGUAGGAAAUGCAAAAAAGAAAAAAAAAAAAGGUGAUAGCUGCAGUUGGUGCUGUGAUGGCCGUGAAGUGUCCUGGGCCUGCCUCCCGAGGCCUCUGACCAAUAAACAAGCCAUGAGCGGUGAGGACACAGUCUCCUUACAGUUUCCAUUGCCAACAGCCAUCCAUUAUUUCUUUUUCCUUUGUCUUUCUUUUUCCUUUUUUUUUUUUUUUUUUUUUAAAACAGAACACCUUGAAUCGAGUUUCUUUGUAUUUGGAGGUUCCACGUCUCUCUUUAGAUAGGGACCAGGCAGGACUUCAGAAAAACCCUCAUGAGCACAUUGCAUUGGAAAGAUGUUAGACAUGAAAUUUUAAAUGCAGUUUGUACAGAAGUCACACUUGUUUGUCCGCCUCACAGAUGUGAACUUUACUUUGUUUUAAAACUGAUCAGUUUUGCCAAGGGGCCAGAAUUAUUCCUUGUUAGAAUUGCUCCAGUUCAAGUCUGCUGCUUUCCUACAAUUUUUCAAAUUUUAUAAUGUAUUAAAUACAAUAAACUCUGUUUAAAAAAUAAGGUCUGUGUGAAACACACAUGUGGGUGUAAGGCUGGAUUAAAAUGAAAUUUUUCGUUUU